UGGCUGACUGACUCUGCUGGGUGGGGGGAGAGAGAGAAACCUCACAUAGGGACAAGGCUCCAUGACCGGUGCCCUGGGCAGCCUGGGAGAGGUCCAGACUCUGGCUGGAGGUCACAUGAAGCAGAUGUGAGGAGAACUGAGGCUCUCAGGGGUCUUGGAUAGCAGAGGACUCGCCCAUAGGACAGAGAUUUGUGUGGGAAAUACAAAGCUGAGGAUGGAGCGGAGACGCAGGGUCUGCACCCAGAAGGUACUUCGGUCUGCCGAGGGCAGGAAUGACCAUGACUGCCAACAAAACCGCUGCCAUCUCUCACACCGCCGGCGGUUGUAGGUUACCAAGGGACGCUUUGGAACGGUCUCAGUCGGUGUCUCCUCCACCUGUAUUGUCUCCAGUCAGGACCCCAUCCUAUCCCCUCAGUGACAGCGAAGAGUUCUGCCUAUCCAGCAGCAUACCCAACACGAAACUGGUCAUAAAGGACUGGACCCUGAGAGGUUCUAAUGUAAGGGACCCCCGCUUACGGUUCCCGGGCACCGAUUCCUCAAACCACCUGUCAAAGUCGAUCAGCGUUGCUUGCUUGGAUAAAAGACUUUCUGUAUUUAAAGGCCCCAGCCAGAAAGAGAAUGUGCUGGAGACAAAGGACAACGAUGUGAUAGGCAACUGCCAGCUGAAUCGGAGUACUCUUUCCUUAGGGUCUGCGGCCAAUCAGCGCAACCGGCCCCACAACAGAACCUCGGUGCGCUCACAAGUGCUAGACAUCAGGCGGAAGAUCUCAGAAUGGGAAUGCAGGCGAGAUCCUUCACCCCGGCUCAGCCUCUUUGUGGACAAAGGAGACCCGGGUGACAGGUCCACCAGUGAAGGAUGUCCCAGCAUGUUGGCCUCGCCAUGCAGUGAAAAAACUUUUGAUUUUAAAGGAUACCGGAGAAUGAGCAGAACAUUUUCCGAGUGCUCUUACCCAGAAACCGAGGAGGAGGAGACUUCGGAACGCGACUCUCUUCAUAGGUUUGAAAGAAGAUCCAGCAGAACGGAGCCGGCCAAUGCCUUCGCCAGAGGACAUUCCAGGAAAGAGUCUUCAGCGGUGCUGAACAGGAUCCAGAAAAUCGAGCAGGCACUAAAGGAGAACCCUGGUAUGGGCCUUCCUCAGCUGCCGAGCAGUUGUUUCAGCGUUGACCUAGGGAGGAAACGCUCCAUAACUUCAGGUACUCCAGAGAGUCCUAUUGACAAGUCUGGGAAUGUAAAUAUUGUAAAUGAACUGGAACAUUUUAAUGAGAAAAGCACAAAAACUAUACAGGGAACUACUACAAAUUCCAGCGGCCCCAGCGCGGUCACAGAGAGCCCUGGAGCUGAAGUCAAUCCAGUCCCCAAACCAAAGCGGACAUUUGAGUAUGAAGCGGACAGAAGCCACAAGAACAACCCUAAUAAUGGUAUACCUUCUACCCCAUCACCUGUAUCCCCACCUCCUCUCCCUUCCACACCUGCCCCCCCUGUCACCAGGAGGCCGAAGAAAGAGCAUCGCAAAUCCCAGAGCAGAAAGUCUCUGGAGUUUGAGGAUGCCUCCAGUGUCCAGUCCUUAGGCUCACCCUCACCAGUAGAGAAUGGUACUGAGAAAAAGCACCGCUCCAGUUCUAAAAGCACUUUAGAGGAGAACGCCUAUGAAGACAUUGUGGGCGAAUCCGCCAAAGAAAACCCCUACGAAGAUGUGGACCUGAAAGCUCGAAACUUGGGCCGCAAGUCCCAGCUGACACCGGACAGUUCGACGGAACCGUCAAACAGGAUGUGGAGGACUCCAGACAGGAAGUACACAACUCCAACCCAGGUAACGUCCAAGAGUGGUAGCCAUUCGCUGCGCGUCGGGAAUUCCUCUGAGAGGAAAGGUCACCGUGUAACUCGCCUGCCCAAACGGCACAGCCAUGAUGACAUGCUGCUACUGGCCCAGCUGACAAUCCCACCGUCUCCCUCCAGCCUGAAUGAGGAUAGCCUGAGCACCACCAGCGGCCUCCUGUCCUCACGUAGGGCCCGCAGGAUCCCCAAGCUCGUGCAAAGGAUUAACGCUAUCUAUAGUGCAAAGCGAGGAAAGAAGAGGUUGAAAAAACUUUCUAUGUCCAACAUUGAGACCGCAUCACAAAGAGAUGACAACAGCGAGAGCGAAAGCGACUCGGACGACAGGUUCAAAGCACACACCCAGCGUUUGGUACAUAUCCAGUCCAUGCUGAACAGAGCCCCCAGUUACCGAACGCUGGAACUGGAGCUGAUCGAGUGGCAGGAGCGCGAGCUGUUCGAGUAUUUUGUAGUGGUUUCCAUGAAGAAAAAGCCGUCCAAAAACACAUACAUCCCGGAGGUGACAUAUCAGUUCCCCAAGCUAGAGAGACCCACAAAGCAGAUGCGGGAGGCAGAGGAACGUCUGAAAGCUAUUCCCCAGUUCUGUUUCCCUGAUGCCCGAGACUGGAUGCCAGUGUCUGAGUAUCACAGUGAGACUUUCUCCUUCAUGCUGACAGGGGAAGAUGGCAGCAGAAGGUUUGGAUAUUGCCGGCGAUUAUUGCCCAGUGGGAAAGGUCCUCGGCUGCCGGAGGUUUACUGUGUGAUCAGCCGGCUGGGAUGCUUCGAUCUCUUCUCCAAGAUCCUGGAUGAAGUGGAGAGGAGGAGGGGGAUAUCUGCCGCACUGGUAUACCCAUUUAUGAGGAGUUUGAUGGAGUCUCCCUUUCCGGCUCCUGGAAAAACAAUCCGAGUGAAGACGUUUCUCCCCGGUGCUGGGAAUGAGGUGAUUGAGCUGCGGAGACCAAUGGAUUCUCGCUUGGAACAUGUAGACUUUGAAUGUUUGUUCAGAUGCCUCAGCGUCCGACUCAUCAUCCGGAUAUUCGCCUCGCUGCUACUGGAGAGACGAGUUAUAUUUGUGGCAGAGAAGUUGAGUACCCUGUCCAGCUGUUCUCACGCCGUCGUGGCUCUUCUCUACCCGUUCUCCUGGCAACACACCUUCAUACCCGUCCUCCCAUCCGCAAUGAUUGACAUUGUGUGUUGCCCCACGCCCUUCUUGGUGGGCCUGCUUUCCAGCUCUUUGCCAAAACUGAAAGAACUACCGGUGGAGGAGGCUUUGAUGGUGGACCUCGGGUCAGACCGGUUUAUAAGACAGAUGGAUGACGAAGACACCCUGUUACCCCGGAAGCUGCAGGCAGCUCUGGAGCAGGCGCUGGAGAGGAAGGGGGAGCUGAUUGGUCAGGACUCGGACAGCGACACCGACGAAGAGUGUAACACAUUGAACGGCUUGGUGUCAGAGGUCUUCAUUCGCUUCUUCGUAGAGACCAUCGGUCACUAUUCCCUGUUCCUGGCGCAGAAUGACCGCGCAGAGAGAGUAUUUCAGAGAGAAGCCUUCCGCAAGUCUGUGGCCUCUAAGAGCAUCCGCCGCUUCCUGGAGGUCUUCAUGGAAUCUCAGAUGUUUGCCGGAUUCAUCCAGGACAGAGAGCUCCGGAAAUGCCGAGCAAAGGGUCUUUUUGAGCAGAGGGUUGAACAAUAUCUAGAGGAGCUUCCAGAUCAUGAACAGAGCGGGGUGAACAAAUUCUGGAGAGGUCUCGGAAACAAGAUGAAAUUCCUCCACAAGAAGAACUGACCUCCUGCAUCCAGGGACCGUACAUGCGGCUGCGUCCAGCGUCUGCACUGCCUCCUCAGAGGACGUCGUCAGACCGGUCUCCAGGACAGAAGCGUACUCAGCCACACGGGAAACCCAAGUACUUAAAACACAAAGACGCUGAUGGACAUAGAUCCGCUCUGCGGAGCCGUCGCCCCCGGGGAUCACCACUUAUAUAUUUGUACAUAUUGUGCUGUAAGCUUUUUUUUUUUUUUUAACGUCAUUUUUUUAAUGAAGCGAUGAAGAGUGUGGUAAAUAUGUUUAUAUGACGAGAGCAACAGGUGUGUGUCAUGUGAAUUUACGCUGGUCAGAUUAUGUUAGUACUGUACAAAUGGCGGACAGCGCACGUUCCAUCUGAGUCUUAGCGUCACCGUCCUGGCUCCGGUAUAUCAGUCGCUGUUUUGUGGUCUGUAAACUGUUCUGCACUAUGACUGCGCCAGCGAAGAAUUACUGAUGGUACCGUGCCCUCCGUGCAGCUGAGAUAGGUACAGACCCUCCGAGUGUGUGUGUGCGUGUGUCAAUAAAUGCUGUCAAUUAA